UCUGGCAGAACUGGUACUACCUCCUGGUGGAGAGGGCCCCUGGGACCCCCGCCACGGGGAACCUCAGCUUCCAGAUUGGGGUACAAUUGAAAGGUGAGUAGGGUCUGCAGUAGAAGUUCCUCCCAGUCUUUCAGUGGAAUAUCUUUUCCUGCAUUUUGCAUCCAUUGCUACAUCGUUUGUUGUCCUGUUCUCUGGAGCAGCAGAAAUCAAGCUUGCUCCCUCCUCAAUAUGACAUCCCCUCAAUAUCAUAUCACCUCUUGACCAUCUCUAUGUGUGGGGUGACUGCCGGCACAAGGCGAGAGUCUGCCCAUGCCCAUGCGGUGUCCACUCUCUUCCCUCUGUCUCUUCCACAGACUGUUCCCAGGUGGGUCUGAGCCGCCCGCAAUUUCAGCUGACUGGCUCCAACCUGAACAUGCCCCACUCUUUUGGCUCUGUUGGGGGUCUGGCCUCUGCAGACACCUUGCCUCCCUCCCCUCUGAAUGGCACCCAGCACCCAUUGCCGCCCUCCUCGCCCCCGGCGUCCAGUGAGCGCUGCUGGCCAAUCCGACCCACGCUCCGGAACGAGCUGGACACCUUCUCUGUCCACUUCUACAUCUUCUUUGGCCCCAAUGUCUCUGUGCCCCCCGACCGACCAGCCAUCUUUGCCAUCCACCUCUUGCCAGUGCUGGACAGCGGGGGCAUCCUAAACCUGGAGCUGCGGCUGAACACGUCGUCUCUGAGGGGGAAAAACGCCACUGUUUUUGCCUGCUUGAAUCAUGAGGUCCCUCUGGCCUCUGAAGAGAAUGCCUCUUCCAUCACCUGCCAGACAGAGCUUGUGGCCGGGUUCCUGCUGUCCAUCAAUGCCACGGCCCCCCUGGCCCGCCUGAGGAUCCCCUACCCACAGACGGGCAGCUGGUACCUGAGCCUGCGCUCGUUCUGUACUACGGAUCGGGGGUUGGAGUCAUGUGGGAACAUGACGGCCGAGGUGUACCUGCGGACAUACCUCUCCCCAUGCAUCAAUGACUGCGGUCCCUAUGGUCAGUGCAAGCUCAUGCGCACCAACAACUACCUCUAUGCGGCCUGUGAGUGUAAAGCUGGCUGGAGCGGAUGGGGUUGUACAGACAACGCGGAUGCUUUCUCCUAUGGCUUCCAGCUCUUGUCCACCCUCCUACUCUGCCUCAGCAACCUCAUGUUUGUGCCGCCAGUGGUCAUCGCCGUCCGGAGCAGCUACCUCCUGGAGGCAGCCGUAUACAUUUUCACCAUGUUCUUCUCCACGUUCUACCACGCCUGCGACCAACCGGGCAUCGUGGUCUUUUGCAUCAUGGACUACGACGUCCUGCAAUUCUGCGACUUCUUGGGGUCCCUCAUGUCUGUCUGGGUGACCGUCAUCGCCAUGGCCCGGCUCCAGCCGGUGGUCAAGCAGGUGUUGUACCUGUUGGGCGCCAUGCUGCUCUCCAUGGCUCUGCAGCUGGACCGCCAUGGACUCUGGAACCUUCUGGGACCCAGCCUUUUUGCGCUAGGGAUCAUGGCCAUCGCCUGGACGGCGCGCAGCAUCCGCCGGCGCCACUGCUACCCGCCAACCUGGCAGCGCUGGCUUUUCUACCUGCUCCCCGGCGCCCUGAUUGCUGCCUCCGCCAUCCUGCUCUAUGCCUUUGUUGAGACAGAGGAGAACUACUUCUACAUUCACAGCAUCUGGCACAUGCUGAUCGCUAGCAGUGUGGGCUUCUUGCUGCCCCCUCAGGCCAAGUCCAACGCUGUGGCCGGACUGACCGGCUCCUUGCCACGCCGCAAGGGCUGCGGCUACCAGCUCUGCGUCAAUGAGCAAGAGGAGCUGGGACUGGUGGACCCCAGCGCUGGCAUCUCUGUCGCCAGUGUCUGCGCCAGCUGAUUGGGAUGGAGGCAAGAGACUACCAGGAGGCUCCAGACAGAUUCGGGGCCAGGACUGCGAAGCCUCACCGCCACAGACGCACUUGCCAUGGGGCUCUGUGCCAGACCCCUCAUGGCCUUCCCAGCAUCCUCAGUUGCCAAUCAUCUGGGAGGCUUUGAGAU